CGCGCGGGCAGAGGCUCAGUAGCUAGUCGAUACCAGGCUAGCAACUUCUAACAAAAUGCCACAUCUUUCCGUGAGCCGCGAGGAUGCCCUAGGAGUCAGACGCACGUUUACGUGAAAUGAUGCUGUUUGCGGGGCUGAUGGUGAAAUCGCGGGAGAAUUUCCGCGUGUUUUAAUGAGCCGCAAAUCACAUUUUUUUCGCCCCCCGAAGCCACAGCGCUUGAACAAGAGAGCAUCCGAGCACCUUUUUGCGGAUGUGAGGAAGGGACCCAGCGCUUUUUAUGGGGAACAGCUAGCCUACGAUCAUACAGAGAAUACUCAGCAGGCUUGACUGGACACUCCGGAUACCAUCUGAAGGCAAAGAAUAAAGUGAAAGUAGUUGAUUUACUUUUACUUCUUCACACACCUGGUCAUCUUUUCCCCUUGGCACCUGGCUGUUUUCUCACCUGCAUCUUCACCAAGCAGCCUUUGCAUUCCGGUGCCAGCUGCAGACAUGGAUUGGGCCACACCAGCUGCCAAGCUCAAUCCUUACACUCGAGCCCGCAUGACAGAAGCCUGGCAGCAGCAUGCAGUUGCACCACCUCAGGUUGUCCACACCAUCCCUCCAGGUGCUGAGAACGCAUUGGGCUGUGCUGUGUAUGGUAUCGUACUGCAGCCAGACACUACGUCGCUACAGCAGCAUGGACAGCAGAGCCAGCAUGGACAGCAACACAGUGGGAGUCAGCAGCAUGUCGGUGGGCAGCACAGUCAGCAGCAGCAGCAGCACCCUGCCCAGGCUCAGCAGACGUCUCUUCAGGUUGGGACAGAGGGAGGACACAAGUGUGGGGCUUGUGGACAUGAUAUCUCCCACCUGGCAAACCCACAUGAACAUCAGUGCAUGGUGACUCAGGACAGGUCAUUCCAGUGCACUCAGUGCAUGAAGAUUUUCCACCAGGCAACAGACUUGCUGGAGCACCAGUGUGUUCAGGUGGAGCAGAAGCCGUUUGUGUGCGGGGUGUGUAAGAUGGGCUUCUCCCUGCUCACUUCUCUCGCCCAGCACCACACAUCGCACAACAGCACCAACCCAAUGAAAUGUUCAAUAUGCGAGAAGACCUACCGGCCCGGCUCUUCUGGCAGCGCUACACCCAACUCCUCGAGCAGCUCCCAGCAGCCCAGCAGCGAUGGGGCGUCAGCCAGCAGCAGCUCGUCCAUCCUGCCGUUCCCCUCGGCCCGAGACCGGCCCUACAAAUGUUCCGUGUGCCAGAAAGGCUUCAAACACCUCUCAGAACUGACGCGGCACGAGAGGGUUCACACGGGGGAAAAGCCCUUCAAAUGUGACACGUGCGACAAAGCCUUCAGCCAGUCGUCACACCUGCAGCACCACCAGCGAACACACAGCAACGAACGUCCAUUCAAGUGUGCUGUCUGUGAAAAGAGCUUCAAGCACCGCUCGCACUUGGUGCGCCACAUGUACGUGCACUCGGGUGAGCACUUGUUCAAAUGCAACUUAUGUGAACUGCACUUCAAAGAGUCUUCAGAGCUCCUUCACCACCCUUGCCACCCGCAGGGUUCCCGGCCGUUUCGCUGUGCCACCUGCGGUAAGGGUUUCAAGCGGCCAUCUGACCUUCGCCAGCACGAGCGCACACACUCAGAGGAGCGUCCGUUCCACUGUGACGAGUGUCAGAUGAGUUUCAAGCAGCAGUAUGCACUGGUGCGCCACAGCCGCACUCAUAAAGACCCCACAGACCGCCCAUUCAAAUGCAAUCUGUGCGACAAGGGCUUCAUGCAGCCCUCUCACCUCCUCUACCACCAGCACGUCCACGGCAUGGACAACUUGUUCAAGUGCGCCUCAUGCCAGAAGGAGUUCAGCCAGUCAGGAGAGCUGCUCAGGCACAAGUGCGGGGAGUCGUCCAACAACUCGCCGGACAAGCCAUACAAGUGUGACGUUUGCGGCAAAGGCUACAAGAAGAGUUCCACGUUACAGCGUCAUCAAAACUCGCACUGCCAGGAGAAGCCCCUCAAGUGCUCGCUCUGCGACCGCCGCUUCCUGUCCUCUUCAGAGUUUGUGCAGCAUCGCUGCGACCCAUCGCGGGAAAAGCCACUGAAGUGCCCUGACUGUGAGAAACGUUUCAAGUACUCGUCGGACCUGAACCGACACCGGCGCGUGCAUACGGGCGAAAAACCGUACAAGUGCGGUCAUUGCAAUAAGGGCUUCAAACAACGCGAGCACUUGACCAAACACCAGAGCACGCACUCCAGAGAGGGUCAGUUCAAGUGUGUUUGGUGCGGAGAGCGUUUCAGUGACUUGGGCUCCUUGCAGGACCACACGGUGCAGCACACAGCUGAUGGAGGGGGUUACCCUGUGCCCCAGUGCAUAUAAACCCUUGACUUCUUAGUUUGAACUUUUGUCUGUCCCUUCUGGGCUAUUUAUUCAGCCUAACGUUAACCACACUUUCAGGAGAGUCCUGAAUUGUCGUAUUCAUUCCAACAGUGCUACAUCAGGGUUUUGUCGCUCUGCUAACCCGCCCAGUUAAUGUUACUCCAAGUCUUGUCAUUCCAUAAAAACGGAACAUUUUUUUUGUCUCUUCUUAAAUCUGGUCCUUGUUUUUAUAAACCCAACCCUCACCACAACCACGUAACUCCCAGGAACAAGUGCCAUAUCGCAGGUUGAUCUAGCAGAUCCACCCUAAUUUCCUCCCCUCAGAAAUGAGCAGAAUCAGAAUAAGAAGCAUCCCUGUUACGUCGGUAGAAAGUAACACAGGAUUUGUUGUUUUUAAAACAGUUUGGUAGGAUGUUUAAAAGAGUAUCGAGUAAAUCAUUCAGGCUGAGUCGCAACCUUUAGUAUCCACUAAAGUGGAGUCCUCUUGUUUUUCUUCUUCUUCUCCCCUCUUGCUACUAUAGCCCUUUUCAAACAUGGGAUGCAAAGCAUUCCAUUAAGGUGAUAGCAGAUUGUCAUUCAGGCAUAGGUCAUAUUUACGUUAUUGGCACCCAUGGUCUCAUUCAGACACGCAUCAGACCUACUGUGGUACUCGUGCAAAAUCUUUUCAUACCUCGAGAAAAAAAGCUUGAGUGUCAUCAGUAUUGACUCCAGACUUUAGAUUCUUUUCUCUGUGUGCGCUGCAGCAGAGAGAUGUUUCUUCUGAAAUUGGAAAAGCAGAAGAGCAUCACAGAGGAAUUAUUUAACUAGAAUUCUAGAAACUAGAAUUCGACUUAAAGAGAUCAAAUGUUUUGUACACAAAGAACUGAGGAAUUCAGGAAGUCGUGUGUGUAAUCUCAGUUAACGUGUCCACUUGUCCUGUAUCGAAACUGAUACUUAAGAGUUUACGAGGUCUGAUCUUGUAGGAUUGCCAUUGCGACUUUUACAUAAAAGUGACCCGAGUGCUCAUUUACGUGAAGUUUACUCGUUUCGAUGGUGUCGGUUUAAUGGAAAAAAACUGCAUGUCUGCAAUGGGUUUGUGAUGACUGCUCUUGGCCUCCCUUCAGUUUCUCCCCCUCUCAUUAUUCCCUACAUCUUUCCUCUGCUUCCUGCUCUUCCUGACUCAGCCUGUCACUGUUUAGUAUCAGAAAGUGUGACUUUCCAUACCGCCCUCCAAGACAUGCAUGCACUCACUUUAAUAUCUUUGGGUAAAGAGUGGUCUGAAAUGCUUUGGGUAUCCUUAACCUCCAUUUUUAUUUUUACUCUUCUUACUAAAGAAGUGGCCAGUGAACGCCUCAUUUUACACCAAUUAGCAAUAACAUAGCAGCCAAAGGUGUUGACCCAGUGUGUUGGAACAAAUUCAAUCCACAGAGGCACCACAGGCCCCCAAAUAUCUGCUGCCAACGUCAGAGCUUUUUUUGGCACCACGAGAGGCUCUAAUGCAAUAUUAGGCUGGCAGUUUUAAUGUUAUGGCUGAUCGGUGUAUGUGAAGUGAAACGGCAUUGGGGAUUUGGGAAUGCGUUGUCCUACGGUUAAAUAAUUCUAUGUGUGAACAGUAUAAAGCUACACCCUGUGGUGUGUAGACUAAUCAGCCAGCCCAAAUUUAAGUCUGCAAAAGCUUCAGCUGUUCUAAUCCUUCAAUACAGAAAAAUAUAUUUCACACUAAUGUACUAUUCCUGCAGAGGUCAGUGCUGUCGUGCAUUUAAAAGUGUCAAAGUCUCUCAUCCUCAUCCUGUAUAUAACUCUGGAUGUGUGGGUGUGCUUAGCCAGAUGAGUCGAAAAUGUCUUUCUUAUGAAAAUAGGUAUUGAAGAGCUGUUUUUGUAUUCUUGCUACUUUUUACCACGUGAAAUGUUAUGAAAAAUGCUUUUUUCUUUUCUUUUUUUUUGUAUUUCGUUUUCAUUUUGUAGUCCAUGUAGUGACUGUGCCAGUGCGUCGCGAGGAGUCUCAAAGAGAAACCCGCACACGAGUCUGAAUGCGUGAAUGUAAACGGUGUUCUGUCAAACAGGGAAAUUCAGACUGAAGUGAAUUGUAGUAGAAUUGUUUCAACCAACCUGCCUUUUUCUAUUUCUUUGUUAUUACUGUUGUUAUUACUAACUGUACUGGUCUUUGUGAGAGCUGUGUCUGCAGGACCGUCCUGCAGCAUGUGUUGAAUAAUUUCCACGGUUUGAAACACCUGUUAAAUCUGUUUGUCCUGCUACGUACGACGUCGUGUCUGUCAGGGUGGGUUUAUUACCAGAGAGAUUGGCUCCUUCCUCUCCUCUGAAAGCUAAGAGAUUGUAGUUGUGCUAAAGGGUCCUGGAACACCAGAUAGUUUACAUGUUGGCUGUGAACGCCGUGAAUGCUCGAUUCAUGGUUUGAGUGCAGUAUUGGAAAGAACCGAGUACACACUGAGGAGACAGAAGUAACUUUAUUUUUUUAAAUUCUAGCUUGCAGUUCUUUACUUUUUGUUUUCGCCUUAAAAGUGGGGCCGCGGUGCCUCUCUGCCUCAUCUACUCCUUUCUGUUUCUAUCCACCAUCAUUAUUAUUAUCAUUAUUAUUAUUAUCAUUAUUAUUAUUAUCAUUAAUUAUUUUUUUACUUUUAUGAAUCUGGUAUUGAACGAUGUUCAGAACAAGGUCGAUUUGAGGUUUAAAAAACAAAAGUACUGUAAGUUGUUUGUUUGUUUUUUUUAAUUAAUGUUAUUUGAAUUGAUAUGAAUAUCUGUAUUCCUGGAGGGAGAGACCAGGGCCUUGGGGUAGGUGAGCCACAGCUUUGGAAAUGCAGAAUUACUAUGACACACACACACAUCAGGAAUCACUGGGGCUGGGUUCAUAUUUUGCCAAGAAACGCAAGUGCGCAAGGACUAGUUGAUCGGUGCUGACACAUCAUUAGAUGUGUAUAAUAGAAAAUAGUCGCUCAAGUUGCAGAAUAAGGACCUCACUUAUGUGUAUUAAUAAUAAUAAUAAUAACAACAACGUACAAAUGUAUGUUAAAAGCCAAAGAUUAACCUAAUGCCAGCCAGGCAGCACUGUUACAGUGAUUAGUACUCCUGACCUUGGCUGCCUGGAUGCAUUAUUUUAUUUCUUUUUUGUUCAUUUUUUAUGUCGUAGAGUACUGUUUGGGUCGGACCAAAAGUUACAGUGAGGAAAUCUUCAAAAUCAAGGGGGGUGGGUGGGUUUUUAAAAAAUCGUCGUAUCUGAUGAGCAAACAGAGGAAAACAUUUUGUACAAGCACAAAUGAUUACCCCCUACCCUCCUGCAGUGAAAGGCCAGUAAAGGCACCAGUUAACCCACCCGUUGUUUUCUGUUUCCUUUUCAGUUCCAAUAAAUAACCCCGUCAGACCCUGGUGUCUUGCUCUCUGCAUGCUUGCCGUGUUAGUUCCUGUGUUUCUGUCUUUGGGAACCGGUGUCACCAAGCCCUUCCUCCACACAGCGCCAUUCCCUCCGAUAUCAUUUCUUUUCUUUUUUUUUGUCCAACCCCUCCCUCCCAAAUUGUACUGUAGUUCAUGUGAAUGAUGUUGAAAACAAACCUUUGAAAAGAAAAAAACUUUGUGGCGACAUACAGUACGUGUACAUUCAUGCUAAGAUUAUCUGUAUGUAUGUAGCAUUCAAUUACAAACGGCACUAA